CAGUCAGAUCCGACGCUCUUCUACGGUAAGUUCUACCUACAGCCUACAGCUUGAUGUUUUCAGCUAAAGUGAUUCACCUACCACAUGAAAGUUCUGCAUACCCUGUACCUAAAGUACUUAGUAAUAAUUCUCUUUACAAAGUUUACAUAGUUACAUAGUACUGUAGUAUAUCAGAGCUAAGGCUGAUAACAUAAAAUUCACCGACACCCCGCGCUACAUAAUAUAUAUCCCUCUCUCUUUUUUCUUUUUUUUUCUUUUUCUUCCUUCUUUCCCCUUCCUCCUUAUCCAUGUCCAGAAACCUCUUUCGCGCAGCACAGUCUACCUUCAGACAUUCAGCAUCCAGGCCGACGUCAAUCGCAUCUUUUCAACAAUUCCAUAACACAUCACCCAAAAUGACUGUCCACAACAUUCAGACCGCCGAGGCCUUCAAGGAGGCUGUUCAGCAGAACAAGGUCGUUCUGCUUGACUGCUUCGCGACCUGGUGUGGACCUUGCAAGGCUAUUGCCCCCAUCCUAGCAAAUCACUCGAACGAGGAAGAAUUCAAGGAUGUCUUCUUCGCCAAGAUUGAUGUCGACGACCUCCCAGAGCUAAGCCAAGAGCUUGGUAUCACAGCCAUGCCCACCUUCAUGGUGUUCAAGGACGGAAACCUCGUACCCGCUGAGAAGCUGGUUGGCGCCAACCCCAAUGCGCUCGUCUCUAUGUUGAAGAAGCAUGCUUAAGCGAAGCGCCUUUUGUCGACAUCGUUGCGUUCGUUCGUUUCGGAGCAGAGCAGAGUGAUGAUAAAGAAAGCGUGGGCAGAACCCCGAAUAAAAACCGAUGAGGACUGCAAAGGAUACCCCCCCCCCCCCACAUAGUUUGAGGUUGUCUUCGAUCGAUAUCUGGCAGCAGAGGACACUAUCGUGCCAUGACAAGCCUUGAUCUAUUAUGUGAAUAGAAUAAAUAAAAUAAAACCUUUCGCAAGAUUGCGAAACAAGAAUAUGCCUAAAU